ACUCUAUGGGGAAAUUCCCAAAACAAUAGGUGAUUGUUCUAGGCUAGAAAUCCUUAAAAUGCAGGGUAACUUCCUGCAAGGACCCAUUCCCUCAUCUUUUGUUUCAUUGAGAGGUCUCCAACGAAUAGAUCUGUCCAGAAACAACUUGUCAGGAAAUAUUCCAAAUGAGUUGGAGAAGCUUAUCUUCUUGCAAUAUUUGAAUCUUUCUUUCAAUAAUUUUGAGGGUGAGGUACCAAAAACUGGAGUUUUCAGCAACGCAACUGCAUUUUAGCUUGCUGGAAAUAGUAAUCUUUGUGGAGGUAUCCCAGAAUUGCGGCUGCCAGCAUGCCCUGUCAAUGAAGAAAAACACAGAAGGCCUUACAUUGUGAUAAUCCUCACCACAACCAUUAGUUCAUUUCUGUUUGUCAUGAUAGUGACGUCCUUAUGUGUUUUCUAUGGGCGAAAAUCAAAAAAGAGUCCAGUUUUCUCACCUUUUACGGUGGAUAAGCUUCCUCAAAUUUCGUACAAAGAACUCUUGAAAGCAACUGGCGGAUUCUCUUCAGAAAACUUAAUUGGGCAAGGCAGUUUUGGUUCAGUAUAUAAAGGAAGUCUUGAUGAGCAGGCAGAAUGUUUUGUUGCUGUGAAGGUACUCAACCUUCAGCAACACGGUGCUUCCAAGAGCUUCAUUGCAGAGUGCAAAGCAUUGAAAAACAUCCGGCACCGGAAUCUUGUUAAAAACUUGACGUACUGCUACAGCAUUGAUUUUAAAGGUAAUGAUUUCAAAGCUCUAGUGUUCACAUUCAUGGCAAAUGGUAGUUUGGAAAUGUGGUUGCAUCCAGAAGAAAAUGGUAAUAGGCAGACGAGGAAAUUAAACUUUCUUCAAAGACUAUGCAUUGCCAUUGAUGUGGCUUCUGCAUUGCAUUAUCUUCAUGAUCACUGUGAUGCGCAAAUCGUUCAUUGUGACUUGAAGCCAAGCAAUAUUCUUCUUGAUAAUGACAUGACUGCUCAUGUUGGUGACUUUGGAUUAGCGAGGCUAAUUUCUGAAUGCACCAGUAAUCCUUCUCAAAGCCAAAUUUUCUCAACAGGAAUAAAGGGAACUGUUGGCUACAUGGCUCCAGAAUAUGGAGUAGGCAGCAAUGUGACAACUUAUGGAGACGUGUAUAGCUUUGGAAUACUUUUGUUAGAGAUGUUCACAGGAAAGAGACCAACUCAUGAAGUUUUUACAGAUGGCUUAGAUCUCCACAACUUUGUUAAGACUAAGCUCCCAGGACAAGUCAUCCAGGUUAUGGAUCCCACAUUAUUCACUCUAGGAGAAGUGGGGGAAGCUACAGCAGCAGCAGAAAAUAUGGAUGAUGAAAGCAUUGAAGAUAGUGUACGAGAAUGCGUGGUAUCAGUCCUUCAAAUUGGAGUCGCAUGCUCUGCAGUAGUGCCACAAGAUCGAAUGAAUAUGAGGGAUGUAACAAGCAAACUAAAUGCCAUCAGGGUUUCUUUCACAGGGACCAGAAACUAGCUUAAUAUGGAUUUGAUAUGUUUCAGAAGCACAACUUUCAGAAUAAUGAGUUAUUGAGACUCAGAAACUAGACGUUAUUCCAGUUCACAAAAUAUAAUUGAAGCUUUCCCCCCUCCCCACUUCCUCCGUUCUCUCCCCCACCACCACCUCCCCGCCACACCCCCC